AUUUGUCAGACAAAAUAUUAUGCCUUCAAAUAAUAAUUAAUGUGCGUGAAUGAUUGAUAUCAAUGUUGAUUUGAACAGUUUCGUUUUGAUCAAGAAAUGACAACUGGUAAAAAAAAAUUCUUACGAAAUAUCCGGAAGAACGGUGCUAAAUGGAAAGAAAAGCGCGGGAAAAGUGAAAGUAGACUAAUGGUUGAGUUGAGGAUAUUGACGAAAUAAAAUAAUGAUAUCCAGCUCUCGGAAUGCCUCUAUUGAAAAUUAUUUCAACAGAAAGCGCAAGAAGGACGGUUUUGAAGAAUCUGAUGAAAACGUGUUAUUUGACAGAGAAUCUGCCGCUCGGAAUAACACUAUUAAAACUCACUUAAACAAGUUGCGAAACAAAGAAGGGUUUGAUGAAUCUGAAAUUAAUGUGAUAUUAGACACUGUACAUUUGUCAUUGAUUCAAAUGUCGGAUAUAUGUGAUGGUAUGACGAAAAAUCCUGAUAUUGGUCGAGUCAUAGAACACAUGAUUCAGGCUCCAUCCUUUAUUGCCAACCAGGUCUCCUUAAAUAAACUAAUAGAUUGUUUAUUAUUAAUAUACAAAAAAACAUCGGGUCAUAAAAGUGAUAAACUAAAGAGUUGGCUUUUGAAAAUGAUACAGUCGACCUUACUAUAUGGUCGUAAUUCAAGUAACCCAUUAGUUUUACAGGAAAUUGGAGUUUCAUCAUCGUUAGUUCUUAAACAACAAAUAAAAAAUGAUAUAGAAAUGAUAGCUAGAUAUAUCAGUAAUCAUAACAAAGAUAAGAAGAUCUGUAUCCACAGUCAACAAAGUCAGCCAACAAACAAAACCAAUAAAUACACAAUGAUUAAACAAACGGCCAUGUUAAUUAGUAAUAUGCUUGAAGUUGUUGAAUUUCUGCCACUUUGGAGCUCGAUAUUAGAUUAUUUUGCGACACUACCAGAAGAGAUGAUUGAUAAAGAUAUUGUGGAUAUAUUCAGUAGAAUUAUAGAACAUGUAGAAACAGGGUCAGACAAUAGUUUAUAUACAGUACAAGUAAAGAUAUGGAGACUACAUAUACCAUCAUUAGAGAAAAGUGUGUUACAGAUGAUACAAGAUUGUAGCCAUUGUUUAACAUUACCAUCAAUACUUAACAAAAUCAUUUCUUUAAAAAAACUGGUUAAAGCAUGUAGUGAAGAGUAUCAGUUAUUUUAUAUUGUAUAUAAUAUAUUAUAUACCGUUAUUGUCCAAUCUAAUGGUAAUACACGUAUGCUGGAUAUUAUUACAAGUUUUUUAAUCUCCGUAAAACAGCAACAGAAACAAAACCAGGAAAUUCAUCAUUUCCACUCUACAAGAUUCCAGCCAUUAACAGCUCUAUUGAAUAAUCAUCCUAAAGAUUUAUCUAUACAGUCUUUUAACCAACAAUUAAACCUGAUAGUUUCUACCAUUAACCUUAUGGAACCUCAUACAAGUAUGAGUACAAGAGAAUAUCAAGAAUUCUGGUUGCUAUUGUUACAGUAUAAGGAAUGGUAUUAUACCUCCCUUUGGUAUAUUUUACAUAUAAAUAAACAGUUUAUUUCAGAUUUAGUGACGUUUAUUCUCUACUAUCAUAUAAAAGAGUGUGAAAAAUAUAAAAAAAGAGUGGUUGAAUUUGCCAACAUUCUCCGAGCACUAUUAUGCAAGCAAAACCUGAAAAUUGAAGAUAUUGAAUAUGCUGUUUGUGGUCUUGGUUCAGUAGAAGAGAUACAGCCAGUAAUACUCCAUGUGUUAUUUAUAUUUUUAUACCAGUCUGAAUCCGGAUUUAAACUUAUUACAGAUAUAUGUAAAGUGGCUGGAUGUUCUGAUACAAUGGAGAUUUUAUCCAUGUUUUUAUAUAUUCAUGAUAUUCACUCAGUGACUUUCAAGAACUGGACAUCAGAGAAAAAAUCUUUAUACAAGGAAAUAAUUUCAAGAUUGUCAUUGGAACUAAACAGUGAUAUUGAACAUUAUAAAACAACUCAACCAGCUGAAAGCGACAGUCAAUUAAAUCAGCUUAAAAGUGUUCAAAACAUGUGUGAACAAUUAGUAGUUUCAAUAGACUGAUCACAUGUAAUGGCUAAUCAAUCCAUGCCUCAAAUUGUCAAACUUAAAGGAGCUAAAUCACUAACAUUUGGGACCUAGAAAUUGACAAAAGUGGGUCGCAACGCAUAUAAUACUGUAGUAUGAAUGUAUAUAAACUAAUUUACAUUCAA